UGAGUCGGAGGCCGUCCCACGUGUACUGUGUUGACUGUCAAUAUCUCCGGGAGCCCAAUUCCCGGAAGCUGUGAGCUCUGAGAGAAGUUCCUGCGCUCGGUGCCCUGAGUCUGCGAAUCCCCACCAUGAGCACCCCAGGCGUGCUGACCUUCACCCAGCAAGCCUGGGAGCAGGUCCUGGCCAAAGUGAAACGGGCCGUGGUGUACCUGGACGCCGCCUGCGCCGAGAGCCUGCACUGGGGCUGCGGGUCCUCACGGCUGCUGGAGGCGGUGGGGAACUCUGCGUGUUACCUGCGGGAGUUCGAGCCCGCCGCAGUUGGUGGCGGAGCCGAGCAGCCCAAAGCGGUGUUUGUGUUGAGUUGCCUGCUGAAAGGCCGGACCGUGGAGACCCUACGGGACAUCAUCUGCCGCAGUCACUUCCAGUAUUGUGUGGUGGUCACGGCUGUGAAUCACGCAGUCCACCUCACGGCUAAUCACGUGCCGGCGGCGGCGGCGGCUGAGCUGGAAGGGCAGCAGCCAGUGUUCGAGCAACUGGAGGAGAAGCUGUGUGAGUGGAUGGGCAACAUGAACUACACGGCUGAGGUGCUGCACGUCCCGUUGUUACUCGCAUGUGCUGCUCCCCACCUUGCCUUGACUCCAGCUUUUGCUUCCCUUUUCCCACUAUUACCCCAGGAUGUGCAUAUCCUCAACCGUGCCCGAUCGGACAAGAGGAGGCUGGGAAACCUGGCUGAGGUGGAUGCCACUACCCUAACCCCUGAGCUGCUGCUGACGAUUAGGUGCCUGGUGUCCGGCCUCAGUUCCCUGUGUGAGCAUUUAGGGGUACGGGAGGAGUGUUUUGCUGUAGGUUCCCUCAGUCGGAUCAUCGCUGCAGAUCUGGCCAAUUUUGCUCCCGCCAAGAACAGGAGGAAGACCGCCACAGGCAGGGCAUCAGUGGUCUUUGUGGACAGAACUCUGGAUCUCACAGGGGCGGUUGGACAUCAUGGAGACAACUUGGUGGAGAAGAUCCUUUCAGUGCUUCCCCAGCUUCCGGGCCACACCAAUGAUGUGAUGGUUAACAUGGUGGAGCUCACUGCACUCCAGGCCGAGGAGGAGAAUCAGAAUAUGGUUGCACCCGGCUGUCUCGCACAAUCCAAUGACCCGGCAGCCAAAGCCCUGUGGGAAGCCUUAUUGAACACCAAGCACAAAGAGGCAGUGAUGGAAGUCCGGAGACAUCUAGUGGAAGCAGCAAGCAGAGAAAACCUGCCAAUCAAGAUGAGUAUGGGGAGAGUCACUCCGGGACAGCUCACGUCCUAUAUUCAUCUCUUCAAGAACAACCUCAAAGCUCUAGGGAAUCACUGUGGGCUCCUACAGCUUGGGCUGGCCACUGUUCAAACUCUGAAACACCCGCAGACUGCCAAGUGGGACAACUUUCUGGCUUUUGAAAGGCUCCUUCUCCAGAGCAUUGGGGAGUCGACAAUGUCUGUUGUGUUAAAUCAGCUGCUUCCCAUGAUUAAGCCUUCGAACCAGAGGACUAAUGAUGACUACAGCCCCGAAGAGCUGCUGGUCCUCCUGAUAUAUAUUUAUUCUGUCAGUGGAGAGUUCUCAGUGGACAAAGACCUGGGUGAAGGUGAAGAAAAAGUGAAGAAAGCGUUGGCUCAAGUCUUUUGUGAGGAGUCUGAAUUGUCACCUUUGCUGCAAAAAAUCACAGGCUGUGACUCUUCAAUUAACCUGACAUUUCACAAGUCCAGAAGGGCCGUGGAUGAACUCUUUACUUCGCUUCGGGAUAUUGCUGGAGCUCGGAAUCUCAUGAAACAGUUUAAGUCUGUAUAUGUUGCUGGAAAUCAUACCCACCAGGCAUCCUAUAAGCCGUUGUUGAAGCAGGUUGUGGAGGAAAUAUUUAAUCCCGAGAGGCCAGAUCCCAUUGACAUUGAACACAUGUCUUCAGGCCUCACUGAUCUCCUUAAAACUGGAUUUAGCAUGUUCAUGAAGGUGAGCCGGCCUCAUCCCAGCGACCACCCUCUUCUGAUUCUCUUCGUGGUGGGCGGGGUCACAGUCUCGGAAGCCAAAAUGAUCAAAGACCUUGUGCCAUCCCUGAAGCCAGGAACCCAGGUAAUCGUGCUGUCCACGCGACUCCUAAAGCCAACUAGUAUCCCUGAACUGUUAUUUACAACUGACCGGCUGCAUCCAGACCUUGGCUUCUGAGGAUCUGCUGAGAAGAGGAGACCUACCCGAGCUGGAAAUCCCAAUACUAUUUUCUGUCCCCAUCCAAGAUAUGCCUCCCAAACCAGUGUCCCUGUUACUAAUCGUGGGUAUGACUGAAUUAUGCCCAAAGAAUCUUUUUUUUUUUAACAUCUUUAUUGGAGUAUAAUUGCUUUACAAUGGUGUGUUAGUUUCUGCUGUAUCACAAAGUGAAUCAGCUAUACGUACACAUAUAUCCCCAUAUCCCCUCCCUCUUGCAUCUCCCUCCCACCCUCCCUAUCCCCCCCCUCUAGGUGGUCACAAAGCACCGAGCUGAUCUCCCUGUGCUAUGCGGCUGCUUCCCACUAGCUAUCUAUCUUACAUUUGGUAGCGUAUAUAUGUCCAUGCCACUCUCUCACUUCGUCCCAGCUUACCCUUCCCCCUCCCCGUGUCCUCAAGUCCAUUCUCUACGUCUGCAUCUUUCUUCCUGUCCUGCCCCUAGGUUCUUCAGAACCUUUUUUCUUAGAUUCCAUAUAUAUGUGUUAGCAUACGGUACUUCUUUUUCUCUUUCUGACUUACUUCACUCUGUUUGACAGACUCUAAGUCCAUCCACCUCAUUACAAAUAGCUCAAUUUCAUUUCUUUUCAUGGCUGAGUAAUAUUCCAUUGUAUAUAUGUGCCACAUCUUCUUUACCCAUUCAUCUGUCGAUGGACACUUAGGUUGCUUUGCCCAAAGGAUCUUGAUACCCACACAGUGAAGUACUUUGCUGGCAUUGCUGAGAUUCUUAAAAAAAAAAACAAAAUUCAUUUUUCUAAAGGCAUCAAACUGCCUUUCAGCUGGCCUAAUUCAUGAUAAUUCCACUUUAU